AACUCAUAUACUAUAUAGAUCUAGAUCUAGAAUCUAGUUAUUUAAUAAUUAUAGAGUCUAGUAUAGAUCUAGAUAUAUUAUAUCUAGUGACAAGUAGUGAUAUACUACACCGUAAUACGGUAACAUAGGCGUCAUAGGCAGGAUUGACUGAUUAGAACAAUGGUUGGUUUUAACUGUUCUAUUGUUACCUGCAAAGCCCAUAGAUUUCAUUCUAAGGGUCUCUCUUUCUUUUGUGUACCAAAGCUGGGGAUAAAACCAUGGAAAAAUCAAUGGAGAGACAAACUUUUAGAAAAAAUCAAUAGAAAUGAUAAAAGGUUUAAUCCUCACAAGGCAUGUAUUUGUUCAAAGCAUUUUAAGGAGUCCUGCAUCACAGUAGGCAAAACUGGCAAGAAAUUCUUAGUACCAGGGAGCCUUCCUACUGAAUGUAUGCCCGUUAAUGAGAAUGAGAAAGAUUUUACAGAUGAUCUAAGAAAUAUGAUAAAAAAUGAACAUCUGGAUAUGAAUGAAACAACUUUACCAACUCAGACAACUGAAGAAAAAAAUCACAGUUUGAAACCUGACUUAAUAUGUGAUGUAAAAAGCGAAAGCAAUGAAGUGUUCUCAUUCACUCAGCCUUCAGAACAGCAAAAAUAUAAUGUGCUAUGUAACAUACAAGCAACUUUAAGUUUGGAAAAAAUUAAAACACCUGUUUUGCCAAAGAGCAAUAAAAAAAAAACUCGCCGAAAGAAAAAAAAAUUGAAGUCAAAAAGAAUUGUCCAUUCAACGAAUGUGAAACGGGUUAGAACAUUGAAAGUCAAACAGGUAAAAACAAGCCAGCAUGCUGUCAGGAGAUCUCUCAGAAGUUCUACAACAAACGGUCGGAUUGAUUAUAAAAAGCUACUUCAGCGAAGCGAGGAGAAACCCUUCAAGUGUGAACGAUGCCACAAAGAGUAUAGUUGCCCAAACACUUUCAGACGUCACCAGAAGGAUGCAAAACUAUUCAAAUGUCGGUUAGCUAUGGACGAAUGCCAGGGAAACAAUUCUGGUUCCACUUUUAUUUUUGUGAAAAAAUCAAAAUGCAAACUUUGCUUCAAAACAUUUCCAGACUCAGAAAUGGAAGACCAUAUUCUUGUUCAUAAGACAUCGUUCCAAUGUAAAUUAUGUUUGAAAACAUUUCUUAAUGCUGGCUUUUUGAAAGCCCACACUUUUGUUCAUAUUAGUUAACACAGUUAUUCAGAUUCACAAAUUUGUCAAUUCUCCAACCAGACUGGUGAAGAGAGCUUUGAAUAUUUUAAUUCUGGUAACAGAAAAAGGUAAAAUGUGCUUAUUAAAGCAACAAAAUUAUGACAUGUUUACAAUGCAUUGUCAUACACUUGAAGAUACCUACCCAAUACUGGAGACAAUGUGGCAUAUUUCAUCCGCAACAUACCAUGAACUGUAUUUGAGUGUAUUUAUGUACUGAUUGCUGAUUGCAGAUGUUAAUUUUGAUAACACAACUUUCUCACUCCAUUAGUUAAUUAAUUUUUUUAUUCAUCAUGUAAAACCUACCAUAUGUAAUGAUCAGCUUGUUAUUUUCUGUGUCCAUUUUUUUUCCCAGUAGUUCUUAAAUGUGUUCUGUCUGCUGUUAUUUGCUUGCUUGUAAAAAAAUCACUGACUUUGGUUGUUUUAUAAGUAUUACAGUGUUGUAUAGGAGACAAGUUCACAUCAGCACAAACAAGUAGAUCUAAUAAAGAUACAUUUAAGAAAACUGUUUAUAUAUCAAUUCAAUAGGGUUUUCAGUAGAAUGUCAAUUAUUAGUAUUUAUUGGGACCAGGGUCUGUCUGGAUAGUUGAAUGUGGAAUAUUAUGACUGGUCCAUUUCACUAACUAUGUAAAGAAAAUUCAUAUGGGGGCAUUUAAACAUAAAAUUCUAGUAAAACAAAACAUUAUAUAUAGAAGCCUACCUUUAUUUAGAGAAAUAAUCCCUGAUCUUGCGCGACACUAACCUGGGUCAUCGAGAUACUCUACUGUAAAACAAAAAAACAUUAAAGGCAUCCCAGAUAUUUGAUGCUCUUGCUAUCUGAUGUUUGGAUAAAGGAAAUUUUUCUGUAUUUAGAAAUGAGGGAUGAUUGUCACAGUCAGUAAGAGCUUUUGUUUUUUUUAAUAAACAAUAAGGAUACUUCUUCUACUAAAGCCAUGCGCCUACUAUUAUCUAUUUUAUGUGUUCCACCCUAAACAUCAUAAUUCUGUGUUGGAUGUCCCUAUUUCUUCCCAUAACUAAAGUGCAGAAUUCUAUAUUUAAAUAACUCUUUUCUCUAAUCCUUAACACCAGUAUGAAACAUGCUACAUUCUGUACGUAAUGAAAGAGAAAUGGAUCUUAAGAAUUAUCUUUAGCUGUUGAUAUAUGUUUAAAUAAGCCAUAUUAAUGAGACUGAGUUUCAUCAAGUAAAAAAAGUAGUUAUAAAUUCAGCCAUCAUAGCUCGAAUUUACCCUGUAUGGAAAUCUCCCAAAAUUUUUAGAAUGAUGGAAUGUCUUCGAGGGCCUUAUUAUGUCUCCCUGACUGGGAAAUAGAUAACCCAAAAAUUCUCUGAUUGGAAAAUGAUUCAUGAUUUUUACAAGCCUCUUUUAAAGUAUCACCUUAGCCAAUGACAAUUGUGUCAUCAAACACGUUAUUUACACAUAUUUACAUCAGCUGCAAUUUGAUCUCAACAAAGUUAAUUCAUAUUAUAGAUGAAAGAUGUCAUUCCUGUAUGGUUACUAUCUUUAAUAGUAUUGAUCCAUUGGUUUUGUAUCAUGAAAACUUCUUUUUGAUCAUCUCUACUUGAUGCUUAACUUUUUUCUGAGGUACUUUGAAUCUUCUUGUUACAUAUUAAUGAGAAGAGAUUUCAACCAUUACAGAAAUUACACAGUUUCCUCAUGUAGGGCAUUUUCCCUUUAUCAACUCAUGAAUUCUAUUACAAAAUUUCUCAUGGUUUAAGUUGUUAUCUUGUAUAGGUUUCCUUCUUAGAUUGUUACAUCUAACAGCUAUGACCACUCUUUCUAUGAUUACGUUUUUUAUCUUGCAGAGGUUUCCUUCUUAGAUUGUUACAUCUAACACCUAUGACCACUCUUUCUCUGAUUAAGUAUUUUUUUUCUUUCCUCUGAUCAAAUCUCAAGUUUUUUCUUGCCAUUUUCCUUAAAUCUGUAACAUAUGUGUUGAUAUCUUCACUUUUGCUUUGGUUUCUUGAAUUGAACAGAUGAGUCUAAUUUGUUUUACCCAUAAAAUAAUAUCGAAGGGCUUUUAUUAAUUUAUCCAAUUUCUUUCCAUUCCCUUUUUCAAACUGAAUUCCCUCUCUAAGCAUCAUUUGCCUCAGCAGCCUGUCUUCCUGUGAUGGUCAAUAGAGGAGCUACUCUUACCUAGUGAGUAAACUUUGUAGGUCAUACAACUGUGUAGCUCUUUCAUUGUUCAGCCAGCUGCUUUUGAACUCUAGCCAGUGAGUAGCCCAUGACCUGUGCCUGUUGUAAGGAGAACACAUUUCUGACACCAUGUUAAAAUAUACUGUAUUAAUGAAACUAACCCUUUCAUCAAGUAAAGAAUUACCGGUAGUUUUCUUUUCAUAAGAUUACUGUUUUAAAGGUAGAUAACACAUACUAUUACAUUUUGAGUAAAGGGACAUAACAUAAUUCCAUUUUUUUUCCUCAAUUGUUAAACACACUAUAUGCUGUGCUUGCAAUACAAGAGACAUGGAUAUUUAGCUGUUGAUACACUUUCUAUAGCUUUUUAGUUUUUGUUUUGUAUUAAGUUACACACACACACACAUAUAUAUAUAUAUAUAUAUAUAUAUAUAUAUACAUAAAGUCCAAAGAUUAGUGAGGAAUGAAGUACUUCCCGUGGCUGUGCAGCCCCAGCUGUGACCUACAUAUUUUUCCAUAUCCACACUAUAUAUUUUUAUGUGAAUUUCCCAUCUCCUUUUUUAAAGAAUGUGUGGAUGAGUAGUGUAAACUGCUCUUGUCCAAUCUAUAGGGCUGGAGUUCAAAACCUGAAUCAAGCUGAGUAUUUUUUGUAGAGUGUUAUAAGGCAGCACAGAUACUCUUACAGGUUCCCUCCUACUAAAAGAGAUAGGACUUGAUUAAACUAUAGAGCAGUGAGCAUGCUAUAACAUAUAAGAUGCACUAUACAAAAGCAAUUAAAAAAAAAGAUUUAAAUAUUGUUAUAUAGAAGUCUCUUGAAUUAGGGACACAGCUCGAGUCCAAUCCAAUUUUACUCAUGAAACUGUUUCAGCAUUUUGAAAACUACUCAUAAAAACAGAAUUACAAUUAUUUUAAGAAUGCUGGGUUUAAUAACAACAAUAUGCCAAUCUUUUCAGCAGUGCAUGUUUUUUUAAAUUAAAAAUUUAAAUUUUGUUCAUGAACAAAAUUUAAGAUGCUCUUACAAUUGUUAUGUUUGAGUCUUUAGAAAGAUUAUAUAUUGAUAUAUUCAGAAAUAGAUAAUAAAACCUAUCUGGCAAUAUUUACUAUUCCUAAGAUUUGCUAGAAAUUAUUUUCUUCAUUUCGAGUGAACAAGAAAGUUUGUAUUUUGAUAUUUAUUAUAUUUAUUUCUUUUUAGUUAUUCAAGAUUUUAUGUCAUGUUAUUUUUUUUUCAUUUUUUAUAAGUGUGUACAUUUUUCAUGCCUAAACAUUAUUUCAACCAUCUGAAUGAAAUAGUUUUUGUACAAGGAUGAAGUUAUCAUUCAAUGAAAUAUCUCCACUAAGUGCAACUUUUAAUUUCUGAAUGAUGCUAAAAAUGUAUUUAUAAAUGUGUGCAUUUCUCAUGACUAAACAUUAUUUCAACCACCUCAAUAAAAUAGUUUUGUACAAUGAUGAUGGUGUCAUAAGAUAAAAUCUCUCUCUUCACUAAGUGCAACUUUUAAUUUUUGAAAGAUGCUAAAAACUAUUGGGGCAUAUGGGAGAAGCGUGUAGAUCUAAAAGAUUAUGUUGGUUACUGUAGUAAACAGUGAAGGAGUCAAAAAUGAGUUGCAAGAUAGAAGCACAUCAAAUGGAUCAGUAAAGCAAAUUUAAGUUAAAAAAAAAAAUGUGAUUUUCUUUGUUGGGCUUAUUUUAAAAAAAAAAUGAAAUUGAUGUUUUUAUUUUUUUCUUAUUUUGUACAAACAUUCAAUAACACACUAUCAAAAUAAAUUACAAAAAAAUAAGGAUCAUUUAACAAGAACUUUUGAGAAUAUGGAUCUUUGAUCAAACUUGUGAGGCUCUGACUGGACCAGCAUAGGCCUAGAUGAAUUGUCUGAAUAAAAGGGGGGAGGGGUUUAGAAAGUUGAGUUGGCAUGGCUCGUUUAAAAAUUAAUUUCAUAAUAUUGGAGCUUCAUUAAAUGACUUUUUCUGUGAAUUAACAAGCUGGAUGUUUUAAAUGUCAAAUUUUAGAUUUAAAUCUCUUUCUCUCCUUAAUAGCAAUACCAUCGUUGAUUUGAUCCCAUUAAAUUAAUUUUUGUUUUUUAUUAACUUAAUUUGUGUUUUAUAAAAAGAGCAUGCAUUCUGCUAAAAUUCUAUACCAAAGUAAUGUUUUCUGAUUACAAACAAAAAGUGUUAUUAAAGUUUAAUCAUAACAGGGUAGAAAUUUCAAAUGUAAAAAAAUGAACAAUUCUGUCAGAAGGUGGAAAAUAAUUACGGAGAUAAAGAGUUAAUUCUGACUUGUUGGAUAGGGUGUGUUAAUGCACAUAUAAUACUGCAUGAACUCAAUGAUGUUCUGUAUAUUUGUAAAAGUGGCACUAAUAUUUGUCUGUGUGUUUAUGUAUGAUGUUUUUCUGGUGAAAUGUCUACAUCCUAGCAUAUUAUGAGCAUGUUACAUGUUCUGUCUCUAAAUAAAAUAGACCUCAAUGGCUUCAACAGUGAA